AUGUAGUUUACAUUCAUGCGAAAAACAGGUGGUCCUCCUGGCUACGGGUCUGGGAUGCCUCCCGCGCCUGGUGGAUAUCAGCAGCCACCACAGUGUCAGCAACAACCUCAUUCAGUCCCAACGGCCGAAAUCGAUGUAUCGAAUGAUGAAGUCUGGGUUGAAACAAAAGCGGGAGAUGGCAAGUCGUACUAUUAUCAUGCCAAAACAAGAGAAACAACAUGGACAAAACCUGAAGGUCCCAAUAUCAAAGUCUUGACUCAACAGCAGGUGGAAACAAUGGCACAGCAAUCAGCAGUAUUGAAACCGCCUGAAAACGGUAUGGUUAUGUCAACUGGACCACCUCAAGGCGGUGGCUAUGGUUCUGCACCUCAACAACCAUUCUAUCCAGCACAUCAAGGUUGGAAUAUGGGCGGCGCAGUAGCUCCAACACCUGCUCCUGCAUUAUCGGCUGGACCUGUCCCGUACCCCGUUAUGCUAGGAUCUGAUCCCGGGACUGAUCCCGUUCUAUUGUCACAAGCGAUGGAAUGGUGUGAAUACCGUUCUCCCGAUGGCAAACCUUAUUAUUUCAACGUUAAGUCAUCGUCUAGUGUUUGGGAGAAACCGCAGGCAUUGCGAGAUUACGAAGUUGCACGACUUGCAGCGGCUGCUCGUAUUCAUGCUGGAGUACCUCCAUCUAUCCCGGUUAUCCCCAUUCAGCCAACAAUGCCCGAGAUAACAAAAAAAGAAGAACCUAAAGUAGCUGAGCCUGAAAAGCCAGAACCAGUCAAAGAAACAAAAGAUAAAGAAGAAAUUAAAGCACCAAAAGACAAGACUAGACCCGUCUCUAGUACUCCUGUGCCUGGAACUCCUUGGUGCGUUGUUUGGACGGGAGACGGAAGAGUGUUCUUUUUCAACCCAAGUACUCGAUGUUCCGUGUGGGAAAAACCGGAAGAAUUGAAAAACCGAACGGACGUCGAUAAACUAAUCGCCAACAUCCCUGAUGAAAGUCCUCAACUAGUUGAUAAAAAAGAGGAAACAAAGGAAAUCAAACCAGAAAAAAAGAAGAAAAGUGACAGUGGUGUAGAUGAGCCACCAGUAAAAAAAUCCAAAUCCAGUGAUGAUGUCAUUGAAGAAAUUAGAAUAGAUGAACCUACCAAAGAUACUGCAAUGGAAGCUGAGGUAAAAGCUGCUCAGCAAAGAGCCGUCAUUCCCCUCGAAGACCGAAUUCAGCAAUUUAAAGCAAUGUUGGCUGAGAAAGAGGUUUCGGCUUUCUCUACUUGGGAGAAAGAGUUGCACAAAAUUGUGUUCGAUUCGCGAUAUUUAUUGCUGACAUCCAAAGAAAGGAAAGACGUCUACGAGGAUUUCGUCCGCGAGAGGGUUGAAGAGGAGCGCCGAGAGAAACGUAACCGGAUGAAAGAGAAAAAGGACGACUUCCGUCGGUUGAUGGAAGAUGCUAAACUCAACGGAAAAUCGACUUUCUCCGAUUUCGCUCACCGAUACAGCAAGGAUGAACGGUUCCGCGGCGUGGAGAAAACGAGAGAACGAGAGUCACUCUUCAAUGAAUUCAUCGUCGAGGUCCGGCGCAAAGAGAAAGACGAACGGGAUGCUCAUCGCGAAAAGGCCAGAAAAGAGUUCGUGUCCUUCUUGCGUGAACAACUGGGCGACCAGCCGUCUGAGCGGCAUUCACGUUGGACCGAGGUGAAACGCAAACUGGAAGACACCAAAGAUAGUCGUCUACGUAAUGUCGACAGCAGUUUGAGAGAGGACUACUAUAGGGAAUGGAUUCGUGCGGUCCGCGAGAAGAUGGAGAAGAAGGAAAAGGAAAGAGAAAAGAACAAGGAAGCAAAGAGCAGUAAAAGGGAUAAAGAUCGUGAAGACCGAGUGAAAGAAAGAAAAGAUAGCGAUCGAAGCCGAGAUCGGAAAGACAAAGAUAAGGACAAGGAUCGAUCGAAAGACAAGGACCGUAAAGAAAAAGAUCGUCGUAAGGACAAAAACAAGAGUAAAGAUGGUGAAAAAUCUAAAGAUAAAUCAAAGAGCAAAGAGAAAGAGAAAAAGCGUAAAGUCAAAUCCGAUUCAGAAGAGGAAGAAGGGGAAACUCGCGAUGAUGUCGAGAUGGAAGAAAAUGGCGAUUACGAUAAAGCAGGUUCAUCUGACGAAGUUCACGCUGUCGAAGAUGACGAUGACGUUGAUCGUGAUGGAGCAGAUCGCGAAGCAGAAGAGCAAGAAGACAGCGAAGCGGCUGCGGUAGCGGCAGCUGAAGAAGAGGAAGAAGAGGAGCGAGAAAGGCGAACGCGUGAGAAAAAGGCACGUGAAGAAGCUAGUCUACGUGAAAGAGAGAAAGAAGUCCAACGUGCUUUAGCCCCGCACUUGAGAGAUCGUGACAAGGAGCGUCUUGCUCAUCAACAUGGAGAGGCUGUCUCACAAUUUACGGCACUCCUCACUGACUUGAUUCGCAAUCCCGAUAUGUCAUGGAAAGAAGCAAAAAGAACUCUGCGGAAAGACUCGCGUUCUGAGGUGACUGAUAUCUUGUCAAAGGAAGAGAGGGAGAAAAUGUUUUCCGAACACAUUGAGAAGCUUACUUUCAAGAAGCGAGGGAAAUUCAGGGAGAUGCUGGAAGAAAUUGGUGAAUUGACUUUAACAACGGCUUGGAAAAAGGUGCGCAGUCUCAUCAAAGAUGAUCCUCGUUAUGCCAAAUUUUCAUCUUCGGACAGAAAAUGUGAAAAGGAAUUUAACGAAUUCAUGAAAGACAAAAUGGUCGCUGCCAAAGCUGAUUUCCGUGAGCUCUUGAAGGAGAGCAAAUUCAUCUCAUACAAGUCAAUGAAGAGUGUACGAGAAUCUGACCAAACCUUGAAGGAUAUUGAAUCGACACUUCGCAAAGAUCGACGGUACCUUCAGCUGGAAUGCGUCCGGCAUGAACGACAUGACCUCCUCAUGGCCCACCUGGAAGAACUGGAACGUAAAGGACCACCACCACCGCCGACUGCUACGGAACCCGUCCGAAGGGACAAGCAUUAGUUACGUAAGGCAAUUAAAAUGGUAAAAAUCAGAGAAACAAAGAGAGUGGAAAGAAUUUUGAGAUUGUGGCAAUUUAUCAUUUUUUGAAUUUUA